UUUAGGACGCGCUCUUCGUCGAUUGGCGUACACACACACAAAGUACAAUACAUUCCUGUCUCGUCAACGUUUUGGGUUAAAACUGUCAUAAACUUCACCAAAGCAAUAUCUACCUGACCGGCGAAAAUGUCUGAACGUAAAGUUUUGAAUUUGUUUCCAUGUGUCAUGGCGGCGCGGCGACGUUUGUAAAAAGCAUACGAUGAAACUCGUUGAAAAUUGGUUCCCCCUUGACAAUCUAACAUGGAAGAAGAAGCAGAUCCUGAGGAGCAGGCAUUCCACUCCACCGUCCGGGAGUACAUCAUUUUCUUGCUCCUCUUUGGUAUCCUAUACGUGGCCAGUUACCUUGUUUUGAGGAAGUACCUGCACAAGGAGAAACAUGAAGAUAAGUUGGAUCCAGACAACGGUGAAGCGACCGUCCACAGAAUCAGUCUGGGGAUGUGCACUUUCGCACUUACUGUAGCUGUUGGAGCAGCUCUUCUCUUGCCGAUUUCCAUCCUCAGCAAUGAAAUCCUCUUGCUUUACCCCAGCAGUUACUACGUAAAGUGGCUCAAUUCUUCACUCAUCAGUGGGCUGUGGAAUCAUGUCUUUCUGUUUUCGAACCUAUCCAUCUUUAUUCUCCUGCCGUUUGCCUACUUCUUCAGCGAAUCUGAGGGAAUUGGAGGCCAGCAGGGCCUGAUGGGCAGGGUCUAUGAAGCCUGCCUCAUUCAGCUAAUGCUGGCCAUCCUCGUGCUGGGCAUGGCCUUUGUUUUGUGUGCGUUGAUCGACAAGAGCCAAUCUGCCGUCGAGCUCUUCUUCAACGUGUGGAACUACUUGCCGUUUCUCUACUCGUGUCUUUCGUUUCUCGGCGUCCUCCUGCUCUUGCUGUGCACACCCCUGGGCUUUGCACGACUCUUCACCGUGUGCGGGCAGAUCAUCAUCCGACCCAACUUCCUGUCUGACGUCAACGACGAGUACUACGCUGUUCUCUUCGAAGAAUCGUGCCUCCGUGAACGCAUCAAACUCAAGUCACCCGACAAGCAGCUCAACGGACAAGAUCGUCAAGCGCGCAAAGUUCUAGAGUCGAAGCUGGUGUCGCUGGAAGCGCAGAGGUUUAAGUUGAACCAACAGAGGCGGUCGUCGCCCGUCCUUCGACGUCUCAUCUACCCUCUGGCCAUGGUCCUGUUGCUGGCACUCACCAUGGCCGCUUUGCUCAAUGUUCUACAAAAUACUCUGCAAUUGCUGGUGGGAAUUAAGGCUUUACCGCUGGCCACCCGCGAGCAUUUCCCACUAGGACUCAGCUCGCUCUCUAAAUUAGGUCUGAUUGGUGCCGUAAUCGAAGUGGUCCUCAUCGGCUACUUGCUGGCGGCCUCCACCGUCGGUCUCUACACGUUGCCCUUCCUGUCGGGCAUCCGACCGACGGCCAGGAACACGCCGCUCACUCAGCUGAUAGUCAAUUGUGGACUAGUCCUGGUACUGAGCUCCGCCUUGCCGCUGUUGUCGCGCAUUCUAGGCAUAAGUAACUUUGAUUUGUUGGGAAACUACGGACGCAUCGAGUGGCUGGGCAACUUCUACCUGGUCCUGCUCUACAACGUCAUCUUUGCAGCGACUGCCACACUCUGCCUGGCCAAGAAAGUCACCAAUUCGCUCUUGCUAGAGGUUUGGCGUCGUCUCAAGCUGGCAUGCACCACGUCGCUCCAGCGAGGCGUUCUAGAGCCCCAUCGGAUGCUUAGUCCCGUUGGUCCCAGAAAAACCAAUAAUUCAAUAAGACAAACCAACGAUUAAAAACAAAUGAGAAAAGACGAGAACGGGAGAGAUAUAUAUACGUGAUAUACGAUACAUCCAUGGCUUAUUUCACACCUUUUUUUUCCCCUCGGUUGCAUCUAGUCUCUAUUUACUCCGCCUUAUUUUUUCCAUCACAACUUUUUCCCACACUUGGCAUUCUUUUUGUUCCCCUUUUGUGUCCUGCAGGAAACUUGCGAGGGGCUUAACGUUCUGCACUUUGAGUUUCCAUUACAGUGAAACGAUAUGUUUUCUUUUCCUUCUGCGUGUUGAUUUUGUUUGACUGAUGUCCUUUUUUUUUUCUUCCCCGUAUCCAUUUCGUUCUGCUGUUGAUGGCCCCCGGAAGCGAAUUCCUCUUUUUUUUUUUUUCGUCUUGAAACAAGAAAAUACGUGAAACAUGUAAACAACAAUUCUUGCCGCGCAAUAAACGCGUUAUUUUAAAAAGCA